AUGGGGUUUCCGGUUGGUUACACCGACUUAUACCUCCCCAAUUUAUUGGUCUACCUGCUGACGUUUUUGGGGUUCAUCCGCAAGUUUAUCGGCGCCGUCCUCACUCUGUUCGGAUUUGGGGAUUUUCUGGAGCCGGAGACAGCGCCGUACAGUCCACGGGUCGAAUCGGUUUCGGAGCCCCGUUCCAUGGCGGCGGCGCUGAUCCGGGAGAUGCUGCCGGUGGUGAGUUUCUCGGAUUUGGCGCAAGGAGGCGAUCUGGAGCUGCCUGAGAGCUGCGCGGUGUGCCUGUACGAAUUCGACGGCGAGGACGAGAUCCGGCGGCUGGCCAACUGCCGGCACAUAUUCCACCGGGGCUGCCUGGACAGAUGGAUGGACCACGACCAGAAGACGUGCCCGCUGUGCCGGACGCAGUUCGUGCCGGAGGAUAUGCAGGAGGCCUUCAACGAAAAGCUGUGGCUGGCCUCCGGGAUUUUGGAUUUUCACGGCGACUACUCGCCAAUCACCGCCGGUUUGUAG